GCUUUUCUGAAAAUAAAGUGAAGGGAUAAUCUAAAUCUGGAUAAAAUUUAUUGAUUUUCAAUAAAAAAUACUAUUUUAAACUUAAGUGCUUUAUAGGCUGGCAACUCCUGCGUCGCCGUCCAGCGCAGCGCCCCGCCCCCUUCAUUCCCCGCACGGCUCGCGCUACCAUAGCCUACUUUUUGAGGAGCUGUCGUAAAAUAUCAAUAUUUUCGGAUUUUUAUGUGUUAUUUACUUGAUUUCUGUGAAACUUUACAUCUUCACGAUGGACAAGUGUGGAAUAUGCGAUAAGCCCGCUGUUCAAUUGUUUGAGACCGGCAAGGAUGGUGUGUACGCCUGCUUCAAGUGCCAGCCGCUGGUGCCCGAGGUGACCAUAGAGGAUGAUGUUGCAGUGGAGGAGGCGUCAGACCCACUGGACGUCUCUGAGGAGGGCAAUGGCUCACUGUUGUGUGGCAUUUGCCACAAGACGUUUCAGAAGAACACGCAGCUGCAGAACCACCUGCGGAACCAUCGAGCCGAGAGGAGGUUCGUCUGCACCUACUGCAAUAAAGCAUUCUCGCAGUCGAACAACCUGCGCGCGCACCUCCGCAUACACACCAACGAGCGCCCUUACAAAUGCAACGAGUGUGGGAAGGCCUUUACGCAGGUGACCAACCUGAACAACCACGUGCGCCUGCACACGGGCGAGCGGCCCUUCGUGUGUCCGGAGCCCGGCUGCAACAAGGCCUAUGCACAGGUUACGAACCUGAACCAGCAUCGCAAGCGGCACCUGGGCGGGCGCACCGUGGAGAGUACUUAUGACUGCACCAUCUGCGGCCAGCAGUUCCAGCAGCGCAACCACAUGUACACACACAGACGCGAGGCGCACUACGGCGCGCGCAGCCCGGCUUGCGCGGCGGCGCGGCACUCGUGCAAGCUGUGCGAGCGCCGCUUCAGCACCGAGCGGCAGCUCGUCGCGCACGUAGCCCAGCACGUGCCCGACCAGCACGACCGGCAGGAAGAUGAGAACGAAGGCACAUUCGCGUGCGUGUUCUCGUCGUGCGGCGCGCGGCUGUCGUCGCCGCGCGCGCACACCGAGCACCUGCUGCGCGCGCACCAGCUGCGCCUGCACGCGGCGCGGCCACAACAGUCUGCGCCUGCGCUAGUGGCGGACCAGCCGCCCAAGCGGGGACGCCCGCCCAAGAUUAUCAAAGUGGGGUCAAUGGUUAACUUCAAAGAUUCAAUAUUUAACGAUGUAAAAAUCAUAAAGCAGGAAUCUCAAUUUCUGCCCAAACUAAAAGUGCAGAGUUUAUUCCAGUGAACUAAAAAUAAGUGUAACACAGUGGACAUCGUUCUAGUGAGUUGACAGACCACUGGUUGAUCUGUAACUCAGUGUACGUCAACUAGUAACACGAUGGACUUGUUUUGGACGUGAAAUUAGCGUUAAGAGUUACAUAUAAAAAUUAUGGACCUUGUUAAUGUAACUUUGAAUCUAAUAGGAUGAUAUCAGCGUUAAGUCGAAGUCAGAAGUGCUUUAAAAUUCGGUGUUUGCCCGUUUACAUAUGUAGUGCAUAGUUAUUUUCCAUCGUAUUUUCACGGAAACGUACGAACAUGUCGUGCUAUUUCAGUCAGUCUCGGUACAAAAAGUACCGACGUUGACUGAAGUAGCAUGACAAAUACGAACGUUCCCGAGAAAAUACAGUCGCCAUCAGAUAUAUCGGAGCGGCCAAGGUGCUCACAAAUAUCUGAGCACGCCUCUAUUGUCAAGGCGUUAAGAGUGCGUGUUCAGAUAUUGUGAACAGCUUGGCCGCUCCGAUAGAUCUGAUGGCGACUGUACAAUGGAAAACAAUUAUGCACUACAUCUGUACAUAUGAACGGUAUACAUUUUUUUUGUUGAUUUUUUUUAUAUGGCCUUCCGUUUUAUAAUUACGUUAAUAAAUAUAUAGAAACUGUAGUAAAAUCGUACAGUUUUAAGAUUUGUAUUACCCAUGUAUGGUAUAACAAAUAUAAAUUGCGCUAGCAUAAUUUGAAUAAAAAUCGAUUUCUUGCCUCUAAUGUUGUAAAAAAAUUAUGUAUGUUGGUGUUUUUGCCGCAAUACUAAUGGCAUUGACUGUACGUUCACAGCAAAAGGCCCGUGAUAAUUGUCUCUGACUGUACUUGAGUACUGAUGGAAAGUUUCCAAAAAGCAAAAUGUUACACAUGGAUAAUGUUUCACAAAUGUUUGUAUAGCAAACGGAAAUUACCUAAAUAGAUUCGUUAUUUAUUUAUUUACUAAAAAUCUCCAGAAUGCUCCAGAUAUUUCCGGGAUUUUCCCCAACUUUUUGGAAACUUUCCGCUACGUGCAUACGUGUACAGCCCCCGUAGCACGGUCGCGUUUUUAUCGCUUGUCACCUUGCCUCUCUCGUUCUAAUAAGUACGUAAAUGCGAAAGGGACGCGCAUAGUGAUAUGCGAUAAAAAUGAAACCGUGCUGCGCCCGCAGGUCAAUUCACAAGAGCUGGCGCGAAUGGAACGAAUGAAUGAAAUCCAAGCAAAGAAUGAAAUACAAUGAGUUUCGUUCAUUGUACUCGCGCCAGUUUUCGUGAAACGACCUGUAAUUUUGACCGUAAUCGUUAGCAUUAUUUUAUACUACACGUACUAAUGCUUUUAACCGAGUCAACGGGUCAGUUUUUAUUUUUAAAAAUAGGCCGAAGCGAAUGCAAUAAUACGAAAUACACUUAAUAAUAGUUUAUUAUUAUAUAAUAAGUGUUCAGUGCAGCACCCGAUAAAGUAAACAUUUGUUUUUAUAAAUAUUUUAUGAAUUCAUGAUCAAGGAUUCUAUUUCUUAUUUUGUAACUUUUUUAAUGCACCUUAGAUAAAUAUUUUUAAUUAUGUGAAGUGUUAUCAACAAGUUUGAGAUUUGAUUAGUCAUUGUAGAAGCCUAGAUGCACUGUUGUAUUAACAUUAAGGGUGCAAUUUAAAUGAAAAUUAUGGAAUUAUAAUAAUGGUACAGUCUGCAUCAAAUAUUUAGACAGUAGUUUAAACUUUUUUAUUGGGCAAUAUAUUUUUGACAGUACAAUAUAUGUAACAUAACAUUGUCAUGUUCAUACAUUUUAAAUUUUAUAACAUUUUCGGUGCAGCGGAGUGGUGUUAACGGAAUUCGUAUACAAUUUCAACCCUAAUUAUUAAUUAGCGUUAAUUACGGUAAUAUUAACCUUAAUUUAACCUGUCUGUGAAGCCGAUAGUCCUGGGUUCGAAUCCCAGUAAGGGCAUUUAUUUAUGUGAUGACACAGAUAUUUGUUCCUGAGUCAUGGUUGUUUUCUAUGUAUUUAAGUAUUUAUAUAUUAUAUACAGGGUGAUUCAGGAGACGUGAGCAGGACUAAGACUGCGCCUUUUGUAAGUUAUAAGCAACUGUUUCGUAUCAGUAUUAGUAAGAUUAACGUUAAUUUUCUACUCGUGUUGAAAAAAAAAAUUAAUAAAUUUAUUUACGACAUGCAUAGUCACCCUAAAAUUAGAAUACUAAACUACUGAUAUUCUGUGUCAAAUUGAAUGUCAUCACUGUCAUCACGGUCUGGUUACUUUUGAAAACUCGUAUCUCACUCAAGUUUGACAGUUUAUUUCUUCGUAAUCAAAUGCUGUCAUUACGGUUAAAGAGGUUUUAUGGUUAUUAAUUGGGUCUUGUAGGGUAACCAUGAUUGUAGAUAAUUAAAUUUGCCCUCACCAAAAAGUUAAAAAAUAGGAAAAAUUGUGGUUGUUUCACCUAAAUACGACGGUGAUCGGUCAAUUAUCAGUUACUGAGUGUGCAGGAUUAGUCCUGCUCACGUCUCAUGAAUCACCCUGUAUAUAGUUGUCUGAGUACCCACAACACAAGUCUUCUUGAGCUUACUGUGGGACUUAGUCAAUCUGUGUAAGAAUGUCCUAUAAUAUUUAUUUAUUUAUUUACCAUUUCAGUAGGAAUUAUCUAUCAAUAUUCUAUACCAUUUCCGUUAACACCACUCCGCUGCACAAAAAAUGCUAUAUAAUUUACGAUAUCCGGACUCAAGUCAAUAUGUUGUUGCGACUCUCAUAUUUUCAUUUGUUGCCGACUGUACUCUUAUUGAAAAUUUAACAAUGUCUUUAUCUAAAAAUUAAUGUGAUUUAAUGUAAAGCGAUUAAUACGUUGUUUAAAGUAACUUUAAGAGUGAAAUAAGUUAACAAAAUGGAUAAAAAUUCAGUAAUAGCUACUUGGCUGAAUCAAGUAUAUAUUUCGGUUGCACUCCAUUAGGCAUCUCUUUCGCACUUAAGGAAAGCAAUAUAUGGUUUCUGAAAAGAAACUGGUACUUUAUAAUCUUUAUAUGUUAGCAAGAGAGGUUGAGACAGAUUUUAUAAAAUAUAUGCUUUGGAAGGAUUAGGUUCAUCCUCCAUCUAAUCUACACAAACGUUUUUUGAACGAUUUUAGGCACUGUCAACCUAAUGUCAACAACAACUUAUUUUAUAGCACAGACAAAACAUCCUCCAGACUGAGCGUAGUCGCGCGACCCCCUCUGCCACGCAUACGGUAAUUUUACUCCAUGAUCGAGUCGAAAGCGUCUUUGUGUAACGUCCGUGUCUUUGAACGGACCAAUCACGGCACGGGACUUCGCUCACCUCGUCCCGCGCGCCCCCGUAUUUUUGGUAUCGUCGGUUUCAUGAAAUAAUUGCUUUAAACUCGGGGUAUCGUGGGGUCGUACAAUUCGUUUUUCGUCAAGUUCUUAAAUUAGUCCUAUUCUGCUUUCGUCACUCAUUCUACAUUGAAAGCCACCGACGAUUGUGACGAAUGUUGAAGGUCUAAUUUAAGAACUUGACGAAAAACGAAUGGGACGACCCAAGACAAUACCAAACUCGGUCUAGAGGAUUCCUAGUCUAUGUUUUAUAGAGUCGCCUUUCCUUUGUUCAGUUAAAUAAACAUUUUACAUACGAGAUUAAAACAUUAACAAGUUUGAUUAAAUACACCUAUGUAUUAUGAAAAUGUAAAUAUUUUUCCUAGCCCUAAAGUCCGUUUUUUUAGCAUUAGAAAGAACUUCGCAGAAGUAAGCUUGUGGUUCCAAAUCCAACACUUGUAGCGGUAAUCAUUUGAAGUAAAUUAUAUGUAUUGACCAUGCUACAUUAGAUAAUUCAAUAAUUAUUAACAAUUAAAGAGCCUGAUAAAAACUGCACGCUUGCUUCUGUGGAGUUCUUUCUAAUGCUAAAAAAACGAACUAUAAAUGUUAAGGCGGGAUUCCACCGGUGUGCGGCACUAACAUUUUUGUAUUGAAUAUGCUUGUGCCCGCACACUGGUGGAAUCUCGCCUUUAUAUCCUGCAUAAGCAUAGAAAAAAAGUAAGAAUACGCAUAAAGUGGAGUAAGUAUAGCGAGCCGCAAAGGUGCAUACCCACUUGAUAAAUGAAUUCCAUUCAUAAAGUAUGCACUUUUGCAAUCUGGUUUGACAGCUUAACUAGAUGGUGUAGACGGUGUCAACUUAUGAUAGCCGCAAUUUUUCUCUUAGGGCCUCCCCACAUCUAGCGUCUUUCGAGCGUCGGCGUCUACAACUCUAUGGCCGCUGCUCGACGCAACGUCGACGCAACUGCGCAGCGACGUCAUUUUCCAUAGCGCUCACGCUCGAAAGACGCUAGAUGUGGGGGGGCCCAAACAUUGAAUCUUUGAUACUAUAGCGCCAUCUAGCUGUCAAACAGGUAUUAUAUACAAUUUAUUUGUAUUUGCCCCACUCUGUGCAUGUUCUUAUCUAUGUGAAUAAGGCAAUAGUUAGGUUAGGCUAAGGUGCAAAUGUUCCUAUGAGUGUAAGAGUAUCUGUGUAGCAUAUGACAUGUGUACAGUCGACCAUUUAUAGCUCUAGCCUUGUUAAGUGUCAGUAUUUCGGAGAUUUUUCUAUUAACAUACAAGUACGGUAUCAAAAUAUACAUAUUUCAAUUA